CCCUGGAAUUGUCCCUGGAGGCGUCGGAGGAGGCGCGGAAAGUUCUGGAAUCGCGGCUGGAGGAAUUCCAGGAUCAGCGGGAAAAUCGGGAAAAGCUCCAGGAAAAAGUGGCAGCCCUGGAGGAGGAGCGCGGGGCCCUCCGGGAUUCCCUGGAUUCCCUGCGGGCUCGGGAGCGGGAGCAGCGGCUGCGGCGGAAUUCCCUGGAAUGGCGGCUGGAGGAAUCGCGGGCGGAAUUGCGGGAUUUGGGAUCGGAGCUGAGCCGGGAGCGGCUCCAGCGGGAGCAGCUCCAGGAGGCCAAGGCCGAGCUCCAGGACAGGCUCAGCAAGGAGCUGGAGCAGAUGACGGAAGAAUCCCAGAAUUCCCUGGCCUCGCUCCGAUCCCAACUUCAAGAAUUCCAGGAAAAAUCCCGGCGGGAACUCACGGAUUCCCAAAAAAUCGCCCAAGAGCGCCAGGCUGAGGCGGAAAAAUUCCAAGAAAACCUCGGGAAGCUGCAGGAUGAGGUUUCGCGGUUGAAGGAGACGAUCCAGGAAAAUCGGGAAGAGCGGGAUCGGAUCCUGCUGGAUAAGGAAUUGCUGCUCCAAAGGUUCCAGGAGCUGCAGGAGGAGCUGGAAAAUCGGAAGAGAUCCCAGGAGGAGCGAGCUCGGAAUUCCAAAGCGUUGGAGGAAAAAUCCAAACGUUUGGAAUUGGAGCUGGACGAGGAGCGGAGCUCGGUGGAGCUGCUGAGCGAGAGGGUGACCAGGAGCCGGGAUCAGAUCGAGCAGCUCCGGGCUGAGCUGCUCCAGGAGCGUUCGAGCCGCCAGGACCUGGAAUGUGACAAAUCCUCCCUGGAGCGCCAGAAUAAGGAGCUGAAGAACCGGCUGGCGGCUUCCGAGGGGCAGCAGAAACCCGGGAAUGCUCGGAAUUCGCAGCUGGAAUCGCAGCUGGAAGAGCUCCGGGAUCGGCUCCAGGCUGAGGAGAGGGAGAAGAGCGUCCUGCUCUCAUCCAACCGGAAGCUGGAGAGGAAGAAGCGACAGCCAGAGGGAUCAGCCCUUCCCAAAAUCCCGAAUUCCCGGAAUUCCCAGCUGAGCCUGAGGGUGAAGGCCCUGAAGCGCCAGGUGGACGAAUCCGAGGAGGAAAUCGAACGCUUGGAAAACGCCCGGAAAAAAUCCCAGCGGGAUCUGGAGGAGCAGCAGGAGCUGAACGAGCAGCUCCAGAGACGCCUGAAAUCCAUGGAAAAGGAGGCCUGGCGCCGUGCCGUGGACUCGGCGCUCCAGGACGAGCGGCUGAGCUCGGAUGAGGAAUUCGGAUCCGCAGCCUUCGCCUCCCUCCUGAGCGAGGCCAACCUGCAGGCCAGCUCCUGCUGA